UAAAUAAAUAAAAUGAAUAAUUUAUGUUUAUCCAUCUAGAUUUUAGGCCAAUUAGGAAGGCCCUACUUCCCUCCGUUUCCCAAACUCCACCGAUAAAACUUAUCUCUCAAACCAGACCAAACCCGCCAUGUCUCAUGGCCUCCUUCACUCCACCACCGUCACCGCCAUCUCUCCUCUCUCCGGCAGCCACACUCUCCCGCCGUUCCCUCCUCCUGCUCUCCUCCUCCUCCCUCUCUCUUCCUCCACAACCACCCAUUGACACCACCAUCACCGACCGUAUCUUCAUGGACUUCUCCCUCUGCCCCACCUUCUUCCGCCCUGAACGUGACUCUCUCUGCACUGACUCCACCCCUUUAGGCCGCCUCGUCAUCGGCCUCUAUGGCCACCAAGUCCCCAUUACCGUUUCCAACUUCAAGUCUAUGAUUACUUCUUCCACUUACAAAAACACCCUUGUCCACAAAAUCUUUCCCGGUCAGUACUUUUUGGCCGGACGCCAGGGCCGCAGAGAAACCAAAGGUGAAGUACACCCGCCAUUGGAGUUUUUGGCUCGAAACACUGAGACUGUGGAGUCUAAGGCGUUCAUGUUGAGGCAUUCAAGAGCUGGCGUUGUUUCUCUGUGUUUGUCUGAGAAUGAUGAUGAGGAAGAGAUAAAGCUGGAUCCUGACUACAGAAAUGUUGAGUUCUUGAUCACUACAGGGCCUGGUCCUUGCCCUCAGUUGGAUAGCAAGAACAUUGUCUUUGGGGUGGUGCUUGAAGGGUUGGAUAUUGUCACGGCCAUUGCUUCCAUUCCAACAUACAAACCAUCCGAAAGAAUCCAGCAAUACAAUGAUCUGGCGGGGUUUCUCGGAGACAAAAGAGCUCAGCAAGCUCGCACAAUUUGGAAUCGACCUCUUAAAACUGUGUACAUAAGCGACUGCGGCGAGUUCAAAGUCACAAAACCUUCUCUUUCACCCACUUUACCUUAAUCCCAUUAUUCAUUUGUUCAGGCCUUCUGUGGUAACCACUUCUGUAUACUCACUCUUGCAUGAUAUGUAAAAUCUUUUCAUCUUGAGAAAGAUUUUGUACUCAGAUUAGUCCAUAAAUUGGAAGAAAUUACAUCUCUUGAAGAUCCUUGUAA